AUUGUAUGUGCAAACAAGUAUCUACGCCCUUGCCGAAGUUACACUUGGUGUUGCGAAUUAAAACCGUCUCGUCCGUCAAUGAGAGACGAGAUUUGGACAAUCUUUACCGAAUGUGUAAAGUCCGUGAAUAAGACGUGUCGCCUGCAGAAUACUCCAUCCCAUCCUCGUCUUAAUCCCCUUACCAAGUUACCGACACAAUGGAUUCAAUGACAGAACAGUCCAACCACCCACCACCCACCGGGAACCCCCCCGGCGAUGACAUCGCCGUGGUCGGCUUCUCCUUCAAGCUGCCCCAGGGCGUAGACGACGUUGCCAGUUUCUGGGAUGUCCUGCACAACCGCAGGAACUUGAUGACUCGCUGGCCCGAGGCCCGCAUGAACGCCGAAUCAUUCGUGUCUGGUAAACGAAGCAAGUUCAAUUGUCACGGCGGAUACUUCAUCAGCGAUGACCCGGCUGCCUUCGAUGCCCCCUUUUUCUCCAUCUCCACGAAAGAAGCGGCCGCCCUCGAUCCCAUGCAAAGAUGGACGUUGGAGACAUCAUACCGUGCCUUCGAAAAUGCCGGAAUCCCCGCCGAGAAGCUCAAGGGCUCGAGGACUGCCGUGUUUUCCGCGUCUUUCACAGACGAUUGGUCAAGGAUGCUCUCACAAGAUCCCGAAAACGUGGAGCGAACUGCCGCCACCGGUGCCGCGUCGUCGCUCAUCUCGAAUCGCGUCAGCUGGUACUUUGACUUGAGAGGACCCAGCGUCCAUAUCGAUACUGCCUGCUCCAGCAGUCUGUUCGCUGUCGACAUGGCAUGCCAGUCUUUGCGGGCCGGCGAGUGUUCAGCUGCACUUGUCACCGGCUCCAGCCUGAUCCUCACCCCUACCUUCACCCACUUCCUGUCGAAUCUCGGCUUUUUAUCUCCGGAUAGCAAGUGUUGGACCUUUGACCACCGUGCAAACGGCUAUGCUCGAGGUGAAGGUUUCAUCGCACUCCUGUUGAAGCCCCUUUCCGCUGCUCUGCGGGAUGGUGACAUGAUCCGCUCCGUCAUCCGAGCUACUGGCUCAAAUCAAGACGGGCAAACACCGUCAUUGACCCAGCCCAGCCCCAGAGCGCAAGAGGAGUUGAUACGCCACGUAUACAAGAAGGCCAAUCUCCCUUUCGACAAGACCCGUUAUGUCGAAGCUCACGGCACCGGAACCCCUGUUGGCGACCCCAUCGAGUUGAAGGCCAUAGGAAGAGUCUUCCGAGGCUCUCGAUCUGCCGAAAAACCCCUUUACGUUGGCUCCGUAAAGACCAAUAUCGGACAUCUCGAAGGAAGCAGUGGCUUGGCCGGCGUUAUCAAAUCCAUCAUAUCUCUGGAGAAGGGCAUCAUCCCGCCUCAUGCGCUCUUUGAGAAGAUCAACCCGGACAUCGAUCUCGAGUUCUACCACACUUCAAUCCCCACCGAGGAGAUCGUGUGGCCAAGCGAGGGCUUGCGACGGAUAUCUGUGAAUUCAUUUGGUUUUGGAGGCACAAACACUCACGUUGUUCUCGAUGACGUGUACCAUUACCUGCAAGAGCGCGGCCUCACCGGCAAUCAUUGCACGGUGGCCUCUGCCAGUCCCACGUCAAAUGGCCUCACCGUCACCAACGGCGCCGCUACCAAUGGGACAGCUAACGGUUUCAUCACUAACGGGAAAAGCAACAGAGUCAUCACCGAUGACACAAGCAAUGGUGUCACUACCAGCGGAUUGGCCAACGGCACAAAGAGGACAACGAACGGCCACGCCAACGGCCACGCCAACGGCCACGCCAACGGCCACGCCAACGGCCACGCCAACGGACACGCCAACGGCCACGCCAACGGCGUCAACGGUCAUGCCCAAGGUAAGUCUCGACUGCUCGUCUGGUCCGCCGCGGAUGAGAAGGCAGUCAAGCGCACGAUCGAGCGGCAACAGACUUUCUACAAGGACCACGUCGCGGGUAACCCUACCAAACUCGACCAACUCGCCUACACACUGGCCGCUCGGCGAAGCAGCAUGCUCUGGCGCACAUCAGCCAUCGUCACCGAGGGUGGGGCCGGUGACACUGCCAGCCUGUCUGCCGCCAAGCCAGUGCGCAGCUCGGGAGAAGUUGGACUGGCCUUUGCGUUCACCGGCCAGGGAGCACAGUACGCCGACAUGGGCUGGGAUCUCGUCCACCAAUAUCCGCUCUUUGCGGCAACACUGGAGCGGAUCAACAAAAUUUAUAGCAGCCUCGGAUGUGAAUGGGAGCUGCUGGAUGAACUGCGCAACAGCGAGAACAUCGACCGUCCCGAGUACAGCCAGCCGCUAUCUACGGCUGUACAAGUGGCCUUGAUCGAGCUACUCAAGAGCUUCCAUGUUGUGCCCAAGGCAGUCAUCGGGCACUCCUCGGGCGAGAUUGCUGCUGCAUACGCCAUCGGUGCGCUAUCGCUGGAGUCAGCCUGCAAGGUCUCGUACUUCCGCGGUCAGCUGGCCGGCAAGCUCCGGGCUGCCAGCUCUCCUGCCGGCGCCAUGAUUUCGGUGAACCUCGCCGAGGACGAGGUUCCAGCCUACCUCGAGAAGGUCGGUGCCGCAGGCGUCAGCGUAGCUUGCAUCAACAGCCCCCUAAACUGCACCCUGUCCGGUACGGAGAGCGCCAUCGAUGCCGUCAAGGAGCAGGCCGACAAAGACUCCAUAUUUGCCCAGAAGCUGAAGACAGGCGUGGCGUAUCACUCGUCCGCCAUGUUGGCUAUCGCUGAUGAAUACAAGCAGCAGAUGGGAAGCCUUGAAGCUUCCAGCUCUCGCUCCUCGAUUCCCAUGGUUUCUACUGUGACGGGCAAGACUGUCCGCCCUGCCGUCCUGACCACAGCACGGUAUUGGGUGGACAACAUGGUGUCUCCAGUCCGCUUUGCCGAUGCCGUCCACGCCUUGACGCAGCAGUCCUCGACGUGGAAGGCCGGCUUCCUGGGCAGCAUUACGGAUCUUGUCGAGGUCGGGCCCACGGCUGCACUGCGCCGCCCUGUCGCAGACACACUGGCCAAGGCGGGUCCUCGUGCGAAGCAAGUUCGGUACUCAAGCGUGCUAUAUCGAAAGCGAUCAGCGGUCGAGACUACGCUGGAGCUUGUCGGCCAGCUGUUUGCCUACGGGCACCCAGCAUCGAUCGCCGCCGUGAACCAACUUGGCGGCGUGGGGCCUUUCCUUGUCGAUUGCCCCGAGUAUCCAUUUGAUCACUCUAACAAGUACUGGGCAGAGUCGCGGAUGAGCCGCGAUUACAGACUACGUGGUACCGUGACUGGCGAAGCCUUGGGGACGCGGGUAUCUGACUGGAAUCCGCUGCUGCCGAGAUGGAGGAACUUCCUGAGUGUUGAGUCGGAGCCAUGGGUCGCCGACCAUAAUAUCAGCAACACCGUGGUCUAUCCGGCGGCAGGCAUGCUGGUCAUGGCCAUGGAAGCCGCGCUGCAAACGGUACCCGCCACACGGACCAUCGCGGGCUACUGUGUCAAGGAAGCGCGCUUCAUGAGCCCCAUCGUCGUGGGAGAGACCUGGGAAGACAGGACAGAGACUGUGGUUGAGCUUCGACCGGUGCAGAUGCCAUACGAGAAAGAGUCGACCUGGUCCGACAUCCGCGUCUUCUGCUACCGUAACAACGAAUGGUCCGAGUGUUUCUGGGCGCGCAUCCAGCUUCAGUACGAGGACGAUUCCUUGCAGGUUGAUGUGCAGCAGGAGAAGAAGCUGCUCGGCGAAGAUGUCCUGCGCCGGUAUGAGCAUGCGGUGGAGGCGUGCACGAGGCCGGUGGACUCGCACGUGUUCUAUCGCAACGCCGCCGACCACGGGCUGCGAUAUGGAAACUGGUUCCAGCUGUUGGAGGAUCUCCACUGGGACGGGAAGAAGACCGCCGUCGCUCGCAUCGAUGUCUCCAAGCCACAAUUCCGCACGACGAGCCUCGUACACCCGGCCGUCUUGGACACCGUGUUCCACAUGCUGCGGGCAAGCUCCCAAGCCUUCGCCUCAGCGUCGGCCACCAACGUUCCUGUCAAGCUAAUCAACGCUUGGUUCUCGGCCUCAGGCUGGCAGAGCCCGCAAACUGGCUCCCUCCGCUGCUGGGGAACUGCAAACGUGGAGCAGGAUGCCGGCGAGGAUGGUACCAUCUAUACGAUGGGCGAUAAUGGGAAAGUCUUGAUGUCCAUCGAGCAUAUAGUCACCGUGGCCGUUUCCAAGCCGGACGAAGGCGACACACCAGCAACAAAGCUCCUGCACAGUGUCCAGUGGAAACCACAGCUGAGUCUCCUCGACCCGCGGCAGCUAUCGCAGGCAUGCGUCACGAGUCGCGUCGUCAAGGAUGACGCAACCAUGCUCGCUCAUCACAUUGAAGUAACAUCUGUCAUGAAUCUUGCUCUCUCCCGGACGCUGAGAGACAUGACCACAGCGGAACAUGAAAAGUUACCCGCCUCCCUUGAACGGCACAUGGCAUGGAUGAAACACCACGUCAGCACGCUCGAGCCCACCCAGAAAGACAACCCAGACGAUCCCAUCAGCGACGAGGAGCUCGAACAACGCCUGCAAAAUAUCGAAGCCAUGCACCCGUCCUGGAAGCUGCACACGAAUGUAGUCCGCGAGCUGAAGAACAUGCUAGUCGGCGCCAAGGAUCCACUCGAGGUAAUCUUCGACUCAGAUCUCGCCGACGUGUUCUACGCCGACAUGUUCGCGCAGAUCUGCGACGUGCGCCUGUGCAACUUCCUCGAGCUGGCAUCUCACGAAAACCCCGGCCUGCGAAUACUCGAGGUCGGCGCCGGCACCGGCGGCUUCACGGGCCACGUCCUGGCUGCGCUGCAGUCGCUUGAGAGGGAGAGCGGCGGGCUGAGGCUGGCCGAGUACACGUACACCGACAUUUCGCCCAUGUUCUUCGAGCGCGCCCGUGAACGCUGGAAGGCGCUGGAAGGCCGCAUAAGCUUCAAAACGCUGGAUCUGGAGCGCACGCUCGAAAGUCAGGGCUUCAAGGUGGGAUCGUACGACCUGCUCGUUGCUGGAAGUGUGUUGCAUGCCACAGCGGAUCUGGUGCGCACCAUGAAGAAUGUGCGAACCGCACUCAAGCCGGGUGGGCGGGCAUUGAUACUCGAGGUGAUCGCACCGGAAGACGUCGUGGUGAACUUCUCGUUCGGCCUCGUUCCGGGAUGGUGGCUGGCGCGUGAAGAGUGGCGGAAAAUGUCGCCGCUUCUAAACGAGGAGCAGUGGGAUGCCUGCUUGCAAAAGAGCGGAUACUCCGGUAAUGACCUUGUGCUCAGGGACAGUGAGGAGGACGGGUGUCACAUCUGCAGCAUUAUCGUGUCGACAGCUGUCGAUGAAGUCACGACAACGCCCAAACCCACCGAGUUGAAAUCCAAGAUUCUCUUGGUUGUCGACGAGCGCUCGGAAAAGCAGUCCGAGUUGGCCAACCUGAUCCGCGACCACGUGAAUGCCUUGGGUGGUGAACACCUUGGCAGCGUUCUGUCCCUGAAACGGUUCCAGGAGACCAAACCGAACCCCGACGACGUUGUCCUUUGUCUUGCGAGCCUUGACACUCCGUUCCUGUUCGACAUGUCCGAGAGCAAACUCACCUGGGUACAGGAUCUCAUGCGCCACACUAAAAAGUUACUCUGGGUGACUGCAUCAAGCAUCGAGGACUCGCAACUGCCCUUCUAUAGCCAAGCCCAAGGCUUCUUCCGCUCUCUGCGACUCGAGGCAGCCGACAGCCAAAUCGUCACUCUCGCCAUCGAGUCCCAGGGUGCUCCGAGUGCGGCGAGUUCUGCGCAGCACGUCACCAAGGUCCUUCAAGCCUCCUUCCUCGACUCGUCGCCCUCCCAGGAGCUGGAAUAUGUGGUACGGCACGGCCUUCUCGAGACCUGUAGGGCCGCAGAGGACGUCAAGGGCAAUGCGGCGCUUAAUGCCCUCCUCUCCUCGCAACUCCACAAAAAGCCUUGGUCCGAGGGGCCGGCACUAUCGCUCUCAAUAAAGAGAGCCGGAACGCUAGACUCGCUGUGCUUCACCGAGGACGCCGUAUAUGAGACAGAGCUAGCCACCGACGAGGUCGAGAUCGAAGCCAAGGCCUGGGGUGUAAACUUCCGCGAUGUCCUGCAGGCACUGGGUCGUCUAGAGGAAAGGACAUUCGGCUAUGACUGCGCGGGGGUCAUCACAAGAGUCGGAAGUGGCUGCAGCGGCUCGCUCCAGGUAGGUGACCGGGUCUGCAUGGCUUCGCCGGGCUGCAUGCGCCGGUAUCCGCGCGCGCCGGCGACAUCGGUGAUCAGGAUACCCAAGGAUGACAUGUCCUUUGCGGCUGCGGCUGCGGUUCUCGUCCCAGGGAUGACGGCAUACCACGCGCUUGCAAACGUGGCGCGGAUCGCAAAGGGUGAGACGAUACUGAUCCACUCGGCUGCGGGCAGCACCGGGCAGAUGGCCGUUGCCGUUGCUAGGAGGCGAGGGGCCGUUGUCUACGCGACCGUCGGCAGCGAGGAGAAGAAGCGGUUCCUAGUAGAUGUUCUGGGCGUCCCCGAGGGCCACAUCUUCCACAGCCGCAACACGUCGUUUGCGAAGGCCAUCAUGCGCGUCACCGAGGGGCGCGGCGUCGAUGUGGUGCUCAACUCGCUAUCUGGGGACGGCCUGCGGGCAUCGUGGGAAUGCAUGGCCCGCCGCGGGCGGUUUGUAGAGAUCGGAAAGGCCGAUAUCAUGGCCAAUUCGGGACUUCCCAUGUUCAGCUUCGCGAGGAACGUGAGCUUCUCGGCCGUAGACUUGCGUGAGAUCUUUGUGGAAGAUCCCCAACUCACUGCCGAGCUGUUGCAGAAGACCAUGCAAUUUUGGGAUGACACCGGCGCCACCCCGACGCCGGUGCACUCGUUCCCUGCCUCCCAAGUCGAGCAGGCUUUCCGAACACUUCAAAACGACAAGAAUAUCGGCCGUGUCGUGAUUGAGCCUAGGGCAGACGAUAUUGUUCCCCAAUACCUCCUGGAUCGGCAGCCGUGGAAGUUUGACAGCAGAGCGUCGUACCUCAUCGCCGGCGGCUCUGGGGGCAUAGGUCGUGCCAUCAUGACAUGGAUGGCAGAUCGCGGCGCCAAAUAUCUGAUUGUGCCAUCCAGAUCUGGAGCCUCGUCCAAGGCGGCGGCCGAUGUCGUUGCUGAGUUGAAGGCGCGAGGCGUCUACAUCGCCGCGCCAAAGUGUGAUGUGGCCUUGGAGUCGGCGGUAUCAAGCCUGCUUGAUGAGUGUGCACGCACAAUGCCCCCUAUCAAGGGCUGCAUCAACGCAGCAUUGGUUCUGCAGGAUGCCAUGUUCGAGAACAUGACUCUGGCCCAGUGGGAUCUUGCUGUCAAGGCCAAGGUGGAUACAGCAUGGAAUCUACACCGUCUCCUUCCCAAGGAUCUUGACUUCUUUAUCUUGCUGUCGUCCCUGGCUGGCAUCGUCGGCCAGAUGGCGACGACCAAUUACGCCGGAGGCUGUACCUUCCAAGAUGCCCUGGCACGCUACCGCAUCGAACAUGGCCAGAAGGCGGUGUCCAUUGAUAUCGGCUGGAUGCGCGACAUUGGCAUUGUCGCCGAAACAGCUGCUUUCCAACGCCAGCGUCUGGCCACCGAGGACAUGCAACAGAUCGACGGCCGCGAUCUGAUGGCCCUCCUGACACUGUGCUGCGACCCUGCUGCUCCACCGAUGACUCCGGAGCAGAGCCAGAUCCUUGUGGGCCUGCGAACGCCGGCCGACUUCCUCGCCAAGGGGCAGACACCUCCAGCCCUGUUGGAACGGCCGCUCUUCGCCGCCUUCUCGCGCAUCAUGGGCACCGAGACGAUGGCCAAGGCGGGACAAGCGGCGGACCCGGCGGCACUGUUUUGCGCCGCCGCCGACUCGGAAGAGAAGGUCCAGGUUGUCAUCAGCUCGCUGGUUGCCAAGCUGGCGCGCGCCAUGUCCAUCUCGCCCGAGGACGUGGAGCUCUCUAAGCCAUUAUCGAGCUAUGGUGUUGACUCUCUGAUGGCGGUCGAGCUUCGCAACUGGAUCAGGCGCGACUUUGCUGCACCUGUGGCCGUCUUUGAUAUCAUGGGGGGUGUGCCUAUUUCGACGGUCGGAGAAUUGGUGGUUGCUAGAAGCACUAGCGUUACUACAUAGUAAAUGUUGGAGCAUAUAUUGUAUCUUGAAGAUGAAUAAUGAUCGAAAUAUAUGUGAUCCAGAACAACACUUUCAAUAUCCCUCCAGAGGUGGCAUAAUGAGGCUCCCUGGCUACGCCGUAGGCCACACACCCUGCACACCCGCUGCACCCGUUGCACAGGUCAAAGCAGCGGCAGCACCGGCCCACUCACGAAGAUGGAAAUGACUCAAGGCAAGAUUAGGGAAGCAUUUUGUUCUGUAAUUAAGCAUUUGGGUGGUUGAGAUAAGAAGAUGGAGAUAAGGAGAGGAUCCCUGGCCCAUGGCGUAUGCUUGUUGCCCAGUGGUGGGCUGAUAAGCUGGUGCCCAUUUGGGUUUGCAGCCCCACAAAUCUGUUCCCUGUCCCCCCACCCCCUUAUCAACGCCACACUG